UUUCAGCUAACAUAGAGUCAUAACAAAGAGAGUCAUAGUUACUCCCGCCGUUUACCCGCGCUUGCUUGAAUUUCUUCACGUUGACAUUCAGAGCACUGGGCAGAAAUCACAUUGCGUAAACACUCAGCUAGAGCCAUCGCAAUGCUUUGCUUUAAUUAGACAGUCGGAUUCUCCCAGUCCGUGCCAGUUCUGAGUUGACCGUUAAAUGGUGGCCGAAGGUGAAUUCUGCUGGUUGACACACAGACAAGUCUGUAUGCAACUGUCAACAGACCCCCGCAGCAAGGCCGAUCCGUGGGAGGCCAAGGCGCAGGACCGAGCUCGAAUCCUGGAUCACACCGAAGUGCUUUCCAUUCCUCGUGCUCAGGCCAGGCUCGUUGGCGCUGACCCACAUCCCGACCUAGCCCGACACACCCCGAUCCUCAGAGCCAAUCCUUGUCCCGAAGUUACGGAUCCAAUUUGCCGACUUCCCUUACCUACAUUAUUCUAUCGACUAGAGGCUCUUAACCUUGGAGACCUGCUGCGGAUAUGGGUACGAUCUGGCGCGACUUCCGCGUGGCCCUCACCUGGAUUUUCAAGGUCCGGGGGGAAGUCCGGACACUGCCGCAACUGCAGUGCUCUUCGCAUUCCAAACCCUAUCUCCCUGCUAUAGGAUUCCAGGGUACUCGAACGCUUAUAAAGAAAAGAAAACUCUUUCCAGACUUCCCGCCGGCGUCUCCAGGCCAGUUUGGGUUACCCCGACGAGCGCUCGCAAGCAAGUGCCCGCAAAGAUGCGGUUACGCAGCCAGGUUCCGGAAUAGGAACCGGAUUCCCUUUUGCCCAAAAGGAGCUGUUCAGUCGAUACUGCGAGCUACAAGAGCUACAAGCAAGAACACGACAAGCACAGUCUGUGGUCUAUGAUUGUAUGUUUGCAGCAGCAUAAGAGUCGCGAGCUACUAGGAGCUACAAGCGAGGCAAUUAUGUGCACGCAUGCAUAUUGUCAAGCCACCCAUCGUCAUCGGAUUUCUCCUAGGGCUCAGGGUCGACUGACUCUUGUGCAACGGCUGUUCACAAGAAACCCUUCUCCACGUCAGUCCUCCAGGCCCUCGCUAGAGUAUUUGCUACUACCACCAAGAUCUGCACCAACGGCGGCUCCAGGCAGGCUCUCGCCCUGACCCUUCUGCGCUCACCGUCGCGACCCUCUUACUCGUCAAGACUUAACGGCAGCUACGGAGACCGCAGCUGCCCACUGUGCCGUUGACGGCCCGGUAUAAGCACGACGCUAGAGCGCCAUCCAUUUUCAGGGCUAGUUGCUUCGGCAGG